UUGGAAAGGGGGCAGCGGCUCCUGUACAGAAUGUCCAGUUUCUUUAUCCUUGCUCAAGGCAAGGCGGUACAGGGCAAGACUCGGUGAGAGUGGUGUCAAGAAGGUAAGACGCAAGAUUUGCAGGAUGUUCCCGGACUGGCCGGGCCAUCGUCUGUCGUUCUGAUCCAAGUGGGCGAUCCAAGUCUUGUGACAGCACCAAGUGAUUCAGUGAUUGGCGCGUGGCAGACCGAUUAUCGGCUCAAACAAUUCCCAACUGCCUAGAACAAAAGGGGUCAGCUCCGGAAGACAAUGCCUGAUUUGCAAAUGGAUAUGGUGGCACAGGUGAAGGAUGCCUGCGCAGAGACCUUCUCCCCAACCUUACGGGAAUGGUUUCAAAUGACCCGCAGCGUGAAGUCUUGCCCAGCCAGUGAGUGUGGCCAGUCUCCAGACCUCUCUGAUGUUGACAACAGUGUGGACACAACAGCCGAGCCCUACUCCGGGUUUCCUACUCCAGACAAUUCACCAAGACUGCUUGACUCGCAGAAGUCCAUGCUCAGCAGUUGGGAACAUGGCAGGACCAAGUUGUCCAGCAAUGCAGCGCCGUUCAACCCAGCCUCAGUCAACCAAGGCACUGCUUGGUAUGCCGUUCCGAUUCAGCCUAUUCAGUACAUGAGACGGCCAUGGCCUCCUUACCCAGCCCCGGAGCACCCACCAAACCUCUCUUGCCUCGAACCGUCAUGCUCUUGGGGCACACAAUGCACGCCUUGCACAUUUUUCCAUUCCCAGGGCUGUGCCAAGGGCAAGGAGUGCAACUUUUGCCAUUCGUGCCGACCUCGGGACUGGCCACAAGCUGAAUCCUAGACGACUUUGAAGGCGAAGACGCGGCAACGCCCAUUCAGCGUCGUCCCCCUGACCGUUUCAGGGUAGUGCAUACACUCAUGGGCCAACAAAGAGAGCGGCCGAACCUUAGUGAGUGACCUAGCUAGAUACAGUAGAUAUCCGGUGCCCAGUCGCAAUCCGGUGCCGAAUUCGCCCAGCCCAUGUGAUUGAUGCAGUUUCCGGUUCACAGGCACCGGUUGCCCAUGAAAAUGACGAGGCAAAUCAUUCUCUUUACAGUAGUUUGCCUCAGUUGCUUCACCCGCUGUGAGUGAAGCUGCAUUCCAUGUUGGCCCACUGAAGA